UUUACAUCAGAACGAGAGUUAAGAGCUUUCCUAUUCCAUUUAAUUAUUUAGUCUCAGAGCGCCCAUCCGAACUGAGCUGAUCACAUCAGGUGCUGUGCCAAGUCCACCAUUUAUCAUCCCCAGUCAAAGCCAUCACUAGCUGUGCGAGACAUUGCCACCGCCCACCUACUUCCUCUCACCCUCCCUCAUCAUACUCGACAUGCAACAGCAGCCCACUUGCACUAGCCUACGUGUGAGAUCUCCACAAGAUGCUCAGAUCAUCUUUCACGCCGUAGCACUUGGGGUCUUGCCCAUGGUCACCCGGCGUCUAGACACGGAGGAACGGCGUUCGAUAACUUCGGGUUGUGUUUUCGUAUGGGAGGAGCGAGGACCAAGCCCGGAGGCUACCGGGCUUGGGAUUGAACGAUGGACUGAUGGCAAAAGGUGGGGUCCAAGCCGGGUCCGCGACGAAUUUCUUUUCUAUCAAGAAAAAGACCCUGAACCAGUCGAUAUCGACCCAAACUCAGAUUCUGAUACCACGAUCGGAUCAAGUCCCUUGGCGCAACCUGGCGUGCCCCACGGAUCCGUGCGCGUCAGUUUAGUAAAGCAAACGUAUUCCGUCUUCGUUGAGACCCCGACGAGGGGACGCAAGAAAUGGCAUCUCAUCGCCUAUUUCACUCACGACAGUCUCGAUUAUCUCCGAACUGUGUCUGACCUUCCCGACCUUGCUCGUAUCGUUGUACCUCCAGGGAACUAUAGAAGCGCUCGGCACAAUACCAGCAAGCACAGUCGUGCUCAGCGAGAAGAGCGACCACACCCCUUCACCCCUCAAUAUUUUCCGUACCCCUCCCCUUCUCGGCCAGUGGCAGUGGUCCAGUCUUCCAAUGACGGCACACAAUUGAGUGACCACUCAGGGCGUGCACCGCCUCGAGAUGGCCAAGCGCUUGCACCCCUCACGUACCUACAAAACCUAGCUCCGCCGCGAAGGCACCCACUGGAUGAGGAAGCUCUGAUGGCUUUUUAUCCUCGCUUGUGUUGAACUUCCUAUUGUGUUUUCUUCGCACUGUUUUCAUACGUUAUUUUCUUGAUUUGCAAUCUGCAGCAGCCUAUCAGACCAAUCUCGUGUUGUGUGUACUUACUUGCCUGGGUUACCUACAUUUGGGUUUGCGAAUAAUUUGG